AUGUCUACCCUCUUGUUCUAUAUAGACGACGCCUGCACUGACACAGGAGAUUUUCCUAACGUAACAGCGCAGAACGAAGGUGUCGAUGGGUACUGCACGCUCUUCAACAUCACUGGAUGGCAGAGCUUCAAAGUACAGACUAUCUUUGAGACAUGUGCAUUCACAGUAUAUGAUUCCCAAAUCCAAUGGUGCUCGGGGGACUAUACAACAUUGCGCCUUGGUGAAUGUAUGCCCAGCGCUACUACAGAUGUUAAUCAAUUCUCGCUCGAUUGUCAAGGAUCGUCUACGGCUCUUACCACUGCAUCUUCGGAACCGUCGGCCUCGAGUGAUGGCGGCCUAUCAACUGGCGCGCAGGCAGGAAUCGGCGUCGGAGUGUCACUCAUAGUCAUUGCGGCCAUUGCAACGGUUGUGUUCUUCCUGCUACGCCGACGACGGAAAGCCAGCCCUGGUGCAGAGGAGAACAGAGCAGAGACAAUCUCAGAAAUGAGUGGAACAAAGGUUUACCCAGCAGAAGUCGGAGACCGGUAUAGCGCACACAUGAUCCCCUAUAACAAGCGACAACCUACGAACAGUGCCGUCGAAGCGCCAGGCGAUGGCCCAACGAAGCCAGUGUUUGAAAUGGACGCCGGAAUGGAUGCCGGUCGGCCUCGGGCACGAACCUUCGAAAUGUCGGCAGACUCAGAGACUUGGGCUGAUCACACCAACAGCACCAGCACAAAGGUGUCACGAGAUUGGGGCCACACGAGGUGA